CCGGCGGCCUCGCAGGCGCCUUUAGUGUGGGGCGCCGGUCGUGCUCUCUUCUUCCAACCGGGCUAGUGGUCGGCGGGUCUGGGCCUCGUCCGCUUCUCGGGCCCGAGCGGGGCCUGUGGCCAGCUCCUCGAGUCGCCAGCCCGGCCCGCCGCACGCAUGGCGGCCAUCAAGGCCCUACAAGAGUGGUGCCGGCAGCAGUGCGAGGGCUACCGGGAUGUGAGCAUCACCAACAUGACCACUUCGUUCCGCGAUGGCCUGGCCUUCUGCGCGAUCUUGCACCGACACCGGCCUGACCUUAUAAACUUCAAUGCCCUCCGGAAGGAAAACAUUUACGAGAACAACAAGCUGGCCUUCCAAGUGGCAGAGGAGCAGUUGGGCAUCCCAGCCCUGCUAGACGCCGAGGACAUGGUGGCCUUGAAGGUUCCAGACCGGCUGAGCAUCCUCACCUACGUGUCACAGUAUUACAACUACUUCCACGGCCGGUCCCCAAUUGGAGGCAUGGCUGGUGUGAAGAGAUCCUCAUCAGACUCGACUGAAGAACAUUCUGGAAAGAAGGUCGUGUCCCAGCCUGCCGCCAAGUUGCCCUCACCUGCUCCAGCCCAGAGGUCACCACUGUCUCCAGCUAGGACAAACCCCGUGGUUCAGAGGAGUGAGGGAGGCUCAGAGAGGCCAUCCCCAAAGGCCGCUCUGGGAACUGCGGGCAGCUCCGUCAGCAGCAUCUGUGGGAUCUGUGGCAAACACGUUCACCUUGUGCAGCGGCACCUGGCUGAUGGGCGGCUCUACCACCGAAGCUGCUUCAGGUGUAAACAGUGUUCCAGCACGCUGCAUUCAGGGGCCUACCGUGCCACGGGAGAGCCGGGCGUCUUUGUCUGUACUCAUCACAGCUCAGAAGUCACCUCUGUGAGCCCCAAGUUGUCGAAACUGGCCUCCAGACAGCCAGGGGCUGUUGCUGCAGACACCAGGCCAAGCAAUGCCUCCCGGAAGGUUCAGGAAGCAAAUGGACUCGGAGAGGUGACACCGUUGAGGGCCAGGGCAGCAGCCUGGGAGCCCGCUGAAGGCAACGUGACUGCCAGGGGCUUUGUCCAGACUGAACUUAACCAGCCAGCCACCUCCCGUGUCCACGUGGGGAGCCCCGCUGGGCCCCGGCGGCCCACGAGCCCAGUGGUCACUACUUCUGUGAAUAGCAAAGCCAUCAGCCACGUGACUAAUAGCUCCCCGACAGGAUGGUCGUCACCUGCCCAGAGCAGCACGGCGACCAUCGGCUCUCAUCCUGUGGUGUACCCAAGUGCCCUGGACUCUCACCCGUCUGUGCCCCAAGGCCAGGCAGCCUCAAAAGGCGUCAAGACUCAGCUCAGCUUGAGCACAGCAUCUCCAAACUCAACGGCCACCCCAGCCUGGACCCCCGCAGCCUCUAGGACCCAGCAAGCCCGAGAGAAAUUUUUUCAGAAUCCUGCCCCAACCCCAGCCAGCAACAGUACUGCCAGCAAGGUCCCCACUGUGGUGAAUACCUCCACCAGCAAGGUCCCCACUGUGGUGAAUACCUCCACCAGCAAGGUCCCCACUGUGGUGAAUGCCCCCAAUGGCAGGGUCCCCCCUGUGGUGAAUACCUCCACCAGCAAGGUCCCCACUGUGGUGAAUACCUCCACCAGCAAGGUCCCCACUGUGGUGAAUACCUCCACCAGCAAGGUCCCCACUGUGGUGAAUACCUCCACCAGCAAGGUCCCCACUGUGGUGAAUGCCCCCAAUGGAAGGGUGUCCACUGUGGUGAAUACUUCCACUAGCAAGGUCCCCACUGUGGGGAAUGCCCCCACCAGCAAGGUCUCCACUAUAGUGAGUGCCACUGAUGGCAAGGUCCCCCCUGUGGUGAAUGCCCCCAAUGGCAGGGUCCCCCCUGUGGUGACUACCUCCACCAGCAAGGUCACCACUGUGGUGAAUGCCCCCACUGGUAGGGUCCCAGCCGCACUGAAUGCCUCUGCCAGCAAGGUCUCCGCUGCUGUGGAUACCCCUGCCCAGGAGAGCAGUCGAGAGCAAGCGCUAAGUGUCCUUAGGAAGGCCUUACCAGGGCUGGCGGGAGCUGGUAUCCAGGCUCCAAGCAGGUCUUCCCCUGCCACUUCCUCAGUCUCAAUCACCCUUCCCCAGAAUGAAGUGCCACAAAAGGUUCCCUCAGCCAAGCUAUCACAUUCAACUACUCCCCAGCCCCCCGCUUCGAAGAUGGAGCCUACAGUCCCCCUGAGUGUGGGCAAUACUCCAUGGGCAUCUGUAUCACUCCAGAUUGGCAACAAGAGCUUGGGUACAUCUCCAGGGGUUGGCAAGACCAGUGCUGGCUCCAGACCCCAAGCAGAGGCGGCAGUAAUGAAGGGUCCAGGCUCCACCUCUCAGGAAGGCCAGGAGGAGGGGCCAGAAGGGUGGAGGGCCCGCCUGAAGCCGGUGGAUAAGAAAAACUCUGCAAGGAGGACUCUGGAGCAAAAAGAAGUUCCAGUCCUGGUGAAGCCGAGGGCAGGGGACUCUCCCAAAAAAGCCUCCAGCAGCUCUGAGCCCAACAUCCACAUCAUCGUGACUUCCAUUCAGCACAAGAGGACACCAUGCCCGCCUGGUUCCGGGCCCAACCUCAAAGCCCCCUCUCCUGCUCCAUCACACCGUAAGAAACUAGCUGUCCCUCCCAGUCUGGAUGUUUCUGCUGAUUGGCUCCAGCCAGAGCUCAGGAAGCAGGAAGCUCAGACCAGGAACCGGAAGGAGGAGAAGACACCCACAUGGGGGACACGAGAGAGGCCUGCAGUCCUGGACAGUGCCCUUGCUCCACAUGGUGAGACCGUGACCUCCCCAGUCAGGCUGCACCCCAACUACAUCCCCCAGGAGGAGCUGCAGAGGCAGCUGCAGAACAUUGAGAAUCAGCUGGACAUCCUGGAGCUCCGGGGUGUAGAGCUGGAGAAGCGGCUGCGGGCAGCUGAGGGAGAUGCUUCAGAGGAUAGCCUCAUGGUGGACUGGUUCCGGCUUAUUCAUGAGAAGCAGCUGCUGCUGAGGCUUGAAUCGGAACUCAUGUACAAGUCCAAGGACCAGUGCCUGGAGGAGAGGCAGCUGGACCUCCAGGACGAGCUGCGGAGGCUAAUGGACAAGCCAGAGGGUCUGAAGUCCCCCAGGGACCGCGAGCGGGAACAGGAGCUGCUGAGUCAAUAUGUGAACACCGUGAAUGACCGUAGUGACAUCGUUGACUUCCUGGAUGAGGAUCGGCUCCGGGAACAAGAAGAGGACCAAAUGCUGGAGAACAUGAUCCAGAACCUGGGCCUCCAGAGGAAGAAGUCCAGGUUCAGCUUGUCCAAGAUCUGGUCCUCGAAGAGCAAAGGCGGGCAGACGUGAGCUGCCCAUUGCUGGCAACAGGGCCUGGCCCUUCUCAGCAAGAGACUGGUGCUGUGACCCCAGACGAGAUGCUCGGGGGUCCAUGCCUCCCACUCUGGGGCCUUGUAUCCUCAAUAAAGACAUCGACCCUCCCA